UGGAGUAAAAAGAAUAAAACGAGAGGAUUGACAAUACCGAUUGGGUCUGUCUAGACCAUAAGGUGACACUCGGGCCGAUAAGCAUAAAUCAAGCGUUCAUCAAGGACAGACAUGGCAAUAGUGCCGUAUAGAGAAUUUCUGUAGCUUGAAGCAACAUGUAAUCGAGUACGUUAGAAAAAAGGAGGCUGCGGUGUUGUGACAUUGUGGUGGUGUGUCUGUUCACACUCGCCGUUCAUUUUCUCAUCUUGCCGCUUCCUUUCGCGUCACCUUCAAAAUUUCAAGAGAAAAAGGGAACUCCUCCGUCCGAACUUCCACUAACCCACAGCGUUCCCUCAAACCUCCGACUCCCUUCAAACAACCCGCUGCUGUACCUUGUGGUACAAACCCACGCGAAUCAUUCCGUCCGACUUGUUGAAAAGGUGUUGGGCAGUCUGAUCGACGCCCGUGGUCCUAUUGCCCACGAUGAUGCACCCAUCCAGACAGGCAUAUGUGGAGGAGGCGGCGGACACCGAGAUGGGUAUUGAUCUGGCCAAUCUGCCUGUUGACCGCGAUUAUGAGAUCCCCUCCGCUGCGGCGGGCAUCCCGUCGGAGAGAGCAUCCGCUAUUCUAUCCCAAUUUGAACGCAAACGAAGAGCUGCUGCGAUGGUGGUCCCGACCGACGAUAGUCGAGUACGCGCGCGAUUACGAGAGCUUGGAGAACCCAUCACUCUGUUUGGCGAAGGCCCCGCGGACCGGAGAGACCGACUACGAGAGCUUUUAACCGACCGCGCCGAGCAACAGGAUGCGGCGGCAGCAGAGGGAGAUGUGGAUAUGGGAGAAGCGUCUGAAGAGGCUGAGGAGGAGGAAGCAGAGCAGCAGGAGGAGUUUUACACUGAGGGUUCCCAAGAUCUGUUAGAAGCACGGAAAGCGAUCGCGCGAUUCUCCCUUCCGCGCGCAAAGCAGCGCGUGGCCCGACAGAGAGAAGAAUCGACAAUUCCACUCCGGACGCACAUUAAGCACCGUAAAGCGGUUAAGGAGAAGCUACAUGGGUUUGAUCUUUACGGUUCGCAGAUUGCGGGUGAUCGUCCAGUCAGCAUCUGUCGCUUUGCGCCGGAUGGGCAGACCAUCGCUACAGGUAACUGGGGCGGUGGGAUUAAGCUGCUUACGGUGCCAAACCUGGAGGAGAAACGGUCGUUCAAAGCACAUACAGAUCGGGUAGGUGGCCUGUCAUGGUUCCCAGGUGCUACACUGUCGACGUCCAAUGUUUCCGAGUCGACCGUCAACCUCGUUUCGGGAGGUGGCGAGGGAAAUGUGUGUCUGUGGUCGCUUGAUCAGGAUCAACCGAUAGCUACACUGUCAGGCCACAGUGGUCGGGUGUGUCGAACGGAAUUCCAUCCAUCCGGGAGAUAUGUGGCGUCCGCGUCCUAUGACACAACUUGGCGGUUAUGGGAUGUUGAGACGACCGCGGAACUGUUGCUCCAGGAAGGUCAUUCUCGUGAGGUCUACACAGUAUCAUUCAACAAUGAUGGUUCUCUUCUGGCUAGUGGAGGACUCGACAGCAUUGGACGUAUUUGGGAUCUUCGGACGGGUCGGACUGUGAUGAUUCUUGAAGGCCAUAUCCGUGAAAUUUACGGUUGUGACUGGGGUGUGGAUGGGUAUCGUGUCCUGACCGGGUCGGGUGACGGCUGGGUAAAGUGCUGGGACUUGCGUCAAGUACGGAAUACUGGUGGCAUCGGUGCGCAUAAGAGUGUCGUGUCCGACCUUCGGUGGUAUAAAGGAACAGAAUCUGCCAGCUCCUACUUGCCGUCUACCGAUGGGCAGAGUGGCCGGAUGGAUGUGGACGGCGAUCAAUCCUCACAGUCGACAUCUGUACAACCCAGGAAGUCGGGCACUUUCUUUGUGAGCAGUGGAUUUGAUAAGAAUGUCAACGUUUUUAGUGCGGACGACUGGUCAUUGGUGAAGAGCCUGAGUGGCCAUUCAGGCAAUGUGCUGAGUACUGAUAUCAGCGAUGAUGCGCAGUGGAUCGCUAGUUGUGGCCACGACCGCACAGUGAAGCUUUGGGGCAUCGAUGGGUAGGAUAGCUGAAGAUGCAGCAAUAUAAUAACGGGGUCAGUUUGCCCAAUCUAUGACCCUGCAGUACAGGUCACUACUUCAGAAUCUAGGUAGUCCAUUGCUCCAUAGAUAUGGGAGCAUUACUUGUCCGGGCGCAGCCUUUUGGGAUUUUUCCGCGGUCAUACAAGCAUGGGCAAUCUCGAAAAUCACGAACCAAUGCAAUUC